UCCACGCUGCUGUCUUGUGAAUGGGUCAAGACUAGAAAAAAAAAAACAAAUCCAUCCGGUCUCUCUUUUUAAAACGGGUUACCCCAUGUCCCUCAGUUCAGUCGUGAACGUCAGAUAACGGACCACGCGCCGACAAAUCAAGACAUCUCAGAUUUCGUGCUUUACGUGUUUCCGACAUGACCCUGAGACGAGCCAGUGGCUGCAGACAGCUGACCUUGACCAUUGGCCUGGCCCUGACUUUAGGCCUACUGCAGUGGCCAAUAGGAGAUGUUCGAGGUCAGGAUGGAGCGUCUCCCGCUCAAGUCCUUCAGGAGCUGCUGACGCGCUAUGGAGACAACGCAAGCAUUUCCGUUCCUCAGCUCCGAUCGCUCCUCGUGAGGUUAAACAGAGGGCAGAUCGAAGACCAUGACAGUAAAACGCAGCCCACCAGGACCAAUGCAUCUAAGUGCUUGGCCGCAGACACCCUGGCAGUGUACGGGAUGAGCGAACAGUCCCGUAUAGACGAGCGAGGCCUGCAACAGAUCUGUCCUACAAUGAUUCAGCAGCUGGACUCGCAAGCGUGCAAAACACAACCAAACCAAGACUCUGAGAGCAGCCCUAGACCCACUGAAGCUGAGGUGUGGGGUUAUGGUUUGCUGUGUGUGACAGUGAUAUCUCUGUGUUCACUGGUCGGGGCGAGUGUGGUUCCCUUCAUGAGGAAAACCUUUUACAAGCGGUUGCUGCUGUACUUCAUUGCCCUGGCCAUUGGUACUCUGUACUCCAACGCCCUCUUUCAACUAAUCCCAGAGGCCUUCGGGUUCGACCCCAUGGAGGAUUAUUAUGUGCCCAAGUCUGCAGUCGUGUUUGGGGGAUUCUACCUGUUCUUCUUUACAGAGAAAAUCCUGAAGAUGAUCUUGAAGCCGAAAGACACGGGAGGGCAUGGCCAUGGGCACAGCCACUUUCCUGCUGAGCGCUACGCCAACUCGAAUGGAGAUUUAGAGGAUGGUGUGAUGGAGAAGCUGCAGAACGGAGAGGCAGGAGGAGCUGCUUUACCCAGAGCAGAAGCAGACGGCAGAGGGGUUGGAGAAGACGACAAGAUGCUGAGCACUGGACAAACUGUACAGGACACUCAGAGUUCAGGUGGUGGUGGAACGGGUGGCUGCUAUUGGCUGAAGGGCAGGGCUUACUCUGACAUCGGCACACUGGCGUGGAUGAUCACUCUGAGCGAUGGCCUUCAUAAUUUCAUCGAUGGUUUGGCCAUUGGAGCCUCCUUCACUGCAUCUGUGUUUCAGGGCAUCAGUACAUCAGUGGCGAUCCUAUGUGAGGAGUUUCCCCAUGAGUUGGGUGAUUUUGUGAUCCUGCUAAACGCUGGCAUGAGUAUCCAGCAGGCGCUCUUCUUUAACUUCCUGUCAGCCUGCUGCUGUUAUCUGGGCAUGGGUUUCGGCAUCCUGGCUGGAAACAACUUCUCUCCUAACUGGAUCUUUGCUUUGGCCGGCGGCAUGUUCCUCUACAUUGCGCUGGCUGAUAUGUUUCCAGAGAUGAACGAGGUCAGUCGUGAGGAAGAGGAGGCUGGAGGAAGUGGCUUUCUGCUCACUUUCUUCCUCCAGAACGCAGGGCUGCUUACAGGCUUUGCCAUAAUGCUUGUACUCACCAUCUACUCUGGACAGAUACAGCUUGCAUAGCAGAGGACUGAAUUACAAACUCAGACCCUAGGGGACUAGCUCAGCACCUGGACUAAAAAUCUGAGACCUACUGGGACCUCUAGACUCAAAUAUGAGUCAGCUGCGCUGGCUUGUUUUUAAAACGUUCGCCCAACUGGACUAGAUCAUGACAUUCAAAUGUUGGGCAAAGUUUGGGCUCCAAAUAAACCCUGGACUGUUUUAUUGAAGCUAGAACUGAUCAAUCUUUGAGCUUUCAUUUUUAGAUUCAUCCAGAACCCUGGAUCUGUCAGUGGGUGCUCCACCAUUCAUCUAGUUUAGUUCUUCUCUCAUUUUUUUGCCUCAAAAGCUUUAGGACACAGUGAUGUCCCUUUACUGUGUGGAUUCAACCUCCCAAUACAUACAUCUAGGCAUUGAAUUUGUUUAUUCUCACAAUUCAGCCCUGAAAACUUUACAAGUUGUCUCUUCCCUUCAGAGUUGAGGAUUCUUAUUCCUGACCUUGAGGAUUUCAGUAUUGUCCAUUUACUGACAUGUGAUGGGAUGAAACUUGACUUAUUUUACUGACAUUAAGGCAACUCUAGAUUUGUUUUCAAUGCUUUAAACCAAAUAAAUCCAUCAGAUCAAUAGAGAAAUAAAAACAACAGAACCAAAAGAGAAAAAAAUGAUGUUAUUCCAAGCUCUACAGCAUAUAUACAACAUGGUGUUGAAGUGUUCGGACACGCUAUUAAAUCUCAUUAUUUUCCAUUUCAGGACAUAAUAAUAAAAUUAGAUGACGCUUGGUGGGUCUUAAAAUUUGGAGGUUGAAAAACAUCACACAGCAUGCCGUUAUUCACUGAACAAAAGCUAAUAAUGCUGAAAUAGACAAGCCAAACUUGAGACCACAUACAGUAAUGAGACACUUGAGAGACCACUUUUAGCAGUAAUUACUGAAAGUAAUCAUUUUCUUUGAGCUUCGCAAGCCCUGUUUGCUCCUGGUAUUAGGAUGCGUUUUCGUCGAUCUGAUUACAAGUGGACAACGCUAAGUACAGGUGCGAAUGGGAUGUGAAACAUUUUGAACUUUUGACCACUUCCAGAGGUAUUUCCAAAUGAUCGGAUUACUCUAAUGCUGUGUUCACACCAGACACUGAAUGCGCAAUUAAAUCGUGCUAUCCGCGCGUAAAUAGACACGUAAAUAUUUUGGUUACACGAUUCAUGCGUCAAAUUCACAAUAAAUAUGGAUUCGUGUCAUGGGCAGGGCUUCGGACAAAAUGAAGUGUGAAUUGUUGGACACUUCACGCACUCAACAGCUACAGUUUUGCUUGCAUAGCAGAAGGGGCGGAGCUUUUGGGCACUGAUAUUGGAUUACUUCAUUGAUUUUUAUUGUGAAAGCCAAAUUCUCCUAUGAGAGUGAUUAUAGCCCCUCCCGGUGGCAGAUAUUACUCAUGGCAGAUAUUAUUUGGUAGUUUGGUCAUUUGGCAGCCCUCAAACGUUAUCUGGGAAACGGUUGGAAUUUCCGGUUAGUAAAAAAAAUGUAUGUUCCAUUUGGGACGACACUACAUUCAUAUACAAUGCCAUUGAGUGUGUAAGUUUAUAGUGUGCCAUUUGGGACACAGCUAGUCAAUCGAAACACUGAUGGCACCAGAAGAAAGCAGUUUUUUUUUUUUUUUUUUUUUGCACACUCCGGUUAAUAAAUGCCA